UGAUAAUCCAUAAAUCCACAGAUCUGAUCGAUCAGAGGAACCAACAUCAUUGUCCCGAAAAAGCAAAGUGAAUCAUCAUUAUUGUUAUUCUAUUUUUUUUUGCUGAAGAACAACAAAAUAAUAAACAAUUUUUUUUAUUUUUUCAUUUUCUUUUGUUGACAAAACAAUAAAAUAAAUCCAAAUUCAACUUUAAUAUUAAACCAAUUUUUUCCCCCUUUUUUUAAAACAUGAGCGAUGUGGAACAGCUUCGUAAGCAGGUAGAUGAGCAGGCGCUUACUGUGCGCCAGCUGAAGAGCAGCAAGGCUGAUAAGGAGCAGGUUACUGAGCAGGUUGCGCUUUUGCUUGCGCUUAAGGAAAAACUGCGUAUUGCUGGUGGCGAUAACAGCAACUCUUCAUCUGGUACCCCCGCUGCUGCAACACCAAAGGCCUCCGGUGGAAACAGCGAGGCUGGAAAGAGCGCUGGGUUCACACUUAAAACUGCAAAGGGAACCAAGGACUACACCGCCAAGGAGAUGGCAGUGCGCAAGGAGAUCUUCGCAACACUCACGGAAGUAUUCGAGAACCACGGCGCAGUGACGAUCGACACUCCAGUGUUUGAGCUCAAGGAGAUUCUGAUGGGCAAAUACGGCGAAGACAGCAAGCUAAUCUACGAUCUCAAGGACCAGGGCGGCGAGGAAUGCUCCCUACGGUACGACCUGACGGUUCCGUUUGCGCGUCACGUGGCAAUGAACGGUAUCACGAACAUCAAGCGGUACCAGAUUGCCAAAGUGUACCGCCGCGACCAGCCGGCGAUGACCAAGGGUCGUAUGCGCGAGUUCUACCAGUGCGACUACGAUAUCGCUGGCGCGUAUGAUGCGAUGAUUCCGGAUGCUGAGUGUGUGCGGGUGACGGUUGAGGUGCUGACCCGGGUGGAUGUCGGCCCGUUUGUGGUCAAGAUCAACCACCGCAAGAUCCUCGACGCCAUCUUCGACGUCGCUGGAGUGCCUGAGGAGAAAGUGCGGAUGAUUUCGUCGGCCGUUGAUAAGUUGGAUAAGCUGCCGUGGGCGGAUGUCCGCCGGGAGAUGGUCGAGGAUAAGGGCCUGGACGGCGCCGUGGCAGACCGCAUUGGCGAGUACGUGCAGCUGCGUGGCGGCGCCGAGCUGCUGGACAAGCUGGAGGCGAUGCCCGAGCUGAUGGCCAGUGAGAAGGCGCGUGAGGGCGUCCAGGACAUGCGCCUGUUCUUCCGCUACGCUGCGAUCUUUAACGUGGUCGACUACGUGUCCCUGGACAUGAGCCUGGCGCGCGGCCUGGACUACUACACGGGCAUUAUCUACGAGGCUGUUCUGGUCGAGGAGAACGUGCGUCCGACGCAGGCGCAGCCGACAGCGACUGGUGCCAAGGAGGUCAAGGAGGGCGGCGACAUUGACGAGUCGCAGGUGCGCGUCGGCUCGAUUGCUGCUGGUGGCCGCUACGAUAAGCUGGUCGGCAUGUUUUCGGCGUCGCGCCGCACCAAGGGCAAGGGCAAGGCUGCGGACGUGCCUUGCGUCGGCAUUUCUUUCGGCAUCGAGCGGAUCUUCUCUGUGGUCUACAGCCGCAUGCAGAGCGCUGAGGUCAAGGCCAACCGGACCAAGGUCUACGUCAUCAGCCUGCGCGACGGACUAUUAGAGGAGCGCCUGCGGAUCGCCACGGAGCUGUGGGACUGCGGCAUCGCCACGGAGUUUGCGUAUAAGGUGAAGCCUCGGUUCCAGAACCAGCUGAACACGUGUGAUUCCGAGGUCAUCCCCUGGGCCGUGCUGAUUGGCUCGGAGGAGGUCGAGCAGGGGCUGGUGAAGCUUAAGAGCAUGGCUAAGGACGUCAGCGCUGAGGAGAAGAGCGGAGUUGCUGUGAAGCGCGAGGACAUGGUUGCUGAGCUGAAGAAGCGCCUGGGAAUAAUGCAGUAAGAGAGAAAGAAAAGAAAAAUGCGAGGCGCCUGGUGAUUGAUUUAGAUUAUGUGAUCACCAUACAAGAGGAAGCUGAGAAAUAAUCCUUUCUUUAUCUUAGGGCUUGGUGUGAUGAAUGGUGUUUGACAUUGGUCGUUUUUUU